AGCAUGCUUUUAUUUAAAAUUUAAUUCUCUGCGAGAUAUUUGUUUAAAUCAAUAAAAAAAUAGUUUUUCACGUUUCUAAAAUGAAUCGUAAUAAGAAGAAAGUUGGCAGAAAAAUGAAGAAGAUGCCAAGUGUAAAAUGGUAAGUUUAAUGGUUUAUUGUAAAUAUUUGUAUUUUAUACACUUUGCAUAUUGUAGUCUAAAUACUCCUCUAUAGUUUAAGAAACAUUAUUAUUUUUUAAUUUUUUUAAAAAAACAGUUCUAUUUAGAACUUAUAACGUUUAAAUAAAAUUAGUAUAAUAUCAAACUUAUAAUUUGCUUCAAGAUUUUAAAUUAUAUUAACAAUAAUAUUGUAUAAAAAUCUAAAUACUCAUUGCUCAGAAUAGUAAAUUUGUUUUACUAUUCUCUUUUUGUGUUGGUUUUCAGGUCUAUAUUCUUUUUCUUUCCCAAUAAGCAGCAAUUAAUCUUUGUCUUUAAUCUAUCCUUUUUAAAAGGAUAUUUUUAUAUCUGUGACUACCAAAUUAAAUUAUAAUAAUUGUAUAUUUUUCAGUAAUCAGAAAAAAAACAUCAAAUGUAUUUUACUUAAUAAUGUGUAUGAUCUUUUACGCAUUUGUAUUUUUGAAAUAAAUUACAUUUAUAUUAAUAUUUGCACAUUGAGUUUUAUUUAGUCGUGGUAAUUUUAUAAGUAAUGAUGCACUGGAAAAGCAUAAUGCCUGAAAAUGCAUCAUCAAUUUUAGAAUAUUUCGAUUAUACUUAUGUACCUAACUGGUUCAUUUAGACAAAUUAAUUUGACAUGAGAGAAUUCCACCAUUAUUUCCUUCUCACAUUUGGAAUGUUCAUAAAAAAACAUAAACAUUAAAUAAUGAUGAUCGCAAUAAUAACUAAACAGAGGGACGGGAUCAUUAAUUCUCAAAGUUAGUGGGCCAUAGCCAUCCCUUUAUACUGGUCUUAAUUACAAAAGUACAAUUGGAGGUAUAAAAUGAAGAAUCAAAUUAGAGCAAGAUUCACUGAGUACAUUAAAGAAAAAUAAAAUCUAUGCAGAAUUACAAAAACUACUGAAAACAUGUGAAGAAUAUUAAAAUGGUAAAAGAGACAUAGACAAUUUUUUAUUAGCUGUAGCCUUUAAUAUAUGAUAUUUUUAAUAAUUAGGCCCCAAAUUUAUAUGCUCUUAAAAAGUAUUAGAAAUAUGCACUAUAAAAUAUGCAUUUAUGCUCUUAUAUAGUAGAAAUAUACCCUUUAAAUUAAAUUUAAAACUCAAUUUUUAAAAAAAAAAUUGUUUUUUUAAAUCUUUAAGUAGGCGCAAAUGAUUGAUUUGUAAUGGCAAUUUUGAAAUUGUUCAAUUUAAAAAAUUACAAUAUAAAAUAUCUUUUUUUAUAAAAAAUAUAUACACAAAAAAUUUAAUUUAAAAAAAAUUUUUUUUUUUUUUUUAAACUAAUAUAAAUAUAACAAAAAUAUUACAUAUUAUGCAUUUAAAACCCAUUUAUAUGCAAUGAGAGAUCGUAAAAUACAAAAAUACUAAGUACACAUCAAAAAAUAGUAAAAUAUGAAAAAUAAAACUUUGUAUUUCAAUUCUAUUGACUAUAAUUCAAACUUGCAGCUUAUCUAGCUAUUUUUUAGAUUGUCUAAAAAAAACCUUGUUAAAUGUUUGUGAUUUUUAAGUAAAAUGCAUUUGAUGUAUUUUACCUUUGUCGGUUUUUACCGUGUUGUUUUUUUCCUAGAUUCAUAUUAUUAAUACUUGUAACAAAGGGUAACCACAACUUAAAAAAAAAAUUUGAUAGUGAGUUCCCUUUAAGAUUGAAGUUUUGUCUUUCUUUGAAGUGCAAUUGGUGAUUAAACCACACUUUACCUACCUAUAUGCACCUUCACACCCUUUUAUUAUAUUUGAAAAAAUAAAUAAAAUUCCCAAUAGAAACUUAAUUAUAUAGGUGCCAUAUAUUUAUAUUUUAUAAAGUAUAAUACUUAAAUUAUUUUUUAAAUAGUUUUGUUGAUCAGUUUUUUUUUCAAUUAAAUUUAGUCCACUCAUAAAAGAACACUGGAACGAUAAUCAAUCAGUUGCCAAAAAUUUAAGUAAUUUUGGUCUAACAAACAAUCCAAGUAGAUCCAUUUUAACCGGUUUCAUUAACACUCAACCACAAGUAAAAGGUGAAGAAAUUAAAGUACAAAAUAUAAAGGUCAGUAAAAAUAUAUUAAAAUUUUAUAAAAAACAAAAGUAAAAUCUACUCAUUUAUUUAAACUUUAAAUGCUUAGCGUAAAAGAGAACCAACACAACCGCAAGUUGUCAAACUAUUAGAAGAACAAGCAAAUAAACCUACUGGAAUUAAGCAAAUGACAUUACCUCCAGGCACAGUAAAGUUUUUAACAGGUCUUAUGGAAAAAUAUGGAGACAAUUAUAAGGUGAACUUUUUAGUUUUUAAUAGUAAUAUUAAUGGUUUAUUAGUCAAUCAAUUACUUCAUUUAUUUGAUAUAUUUAAAAUGAUUCAAAAUAAUUUAUAACUUUUCAUUUUUUUUUUCUUAGAGAAGGGAGGUUAGUAUUUUAUGAAAACAAGUUUCUAUUAAUAAGUAAUAGUUUAUGUUGGUAUAGGUAAUUAUAAUUAUUUUGUCAGAUUGUUAUGGUCAUGUAACAAUACACAGUGAUUAUUACCUAUAUUACAAUUUUAUUUUAUUAAACAUCAUACACAAAGAAAAGGUAUCAUAGUUACAUUUUCAUAAUUAUAGCAAACUCAGUAAAGUUAUUACAUAAUCCCCGAGUAUAAUAAUAAACGUAUGUGGAAAUCUGAUAAAUUAAUAUUAUGAUAGUCUAAUAUUAUCAGCUCUGUUUAAAUGUUUUAUUCUUAAAUGGUUUUUAAACAAUCAUACUUAAACUACUAGUAAAAUAUUUGAUCAUUCAAAAUGUUUGACUGCACUAUAAUAAAAUAUAUGUAUGAUAUUAUAAUAUAUGCACUACAGUAUAUAAAUUUAAAGCAUAAUAUAACAAAAAAAAAAAAAAUGCAUUUUGGUAGUUUAGUUUGUGGUGUUUAUUAUAUGUUUUUCAAUAUUAAUAUUGUUAUUAUUGUUAAAUAUAUAUAUAUAUUAAUCUUAUGCUAAAUAUAUAUAUUAAAAAUUAUUUGUAAUAAUUACUAAAUAUCUAUGUAGUUAGAAUCUUAUAUUCAAAUUUAAAACAAUGUAAAUAAAUAUUUUAGAAUUUCAAUUAAAAAUUCAGUUUCUAAUAAAUAAAAUUACAAUUAUAAACUUAUAAACAAUAAAUAUCUGUUUCAGGAGAUGACAAAGGAUCCUAAAAAUGUUUAUCAAAUGACAUGGAAACAAAUUCGUGCAAAAAUUAAAACUUUUAAAAGCAUAAAGGCAUAUGAACAUUUAAUGCCAAAACCAAUUGCUGAAUCAUAAUUUUAAUAUUACAUGUUUAUAAUAAAUCCAAAUUGUGGAAUUGUCUUUAAUUAUGUGUAUAAAAUAAAAGUAUACUCAAGUUUUUUUCAUCAUGACACCAAUAAUUAUAAAAGAUAAAAUAGAUUAUUAAUUUUUUUACUU